CUGAGGAUCCCGGAAGCCGUCCUCGCGAUGGAAGAGGACCAGGAGUUGGAGAGGAAAGCAAUUGAAGAACUGCUUAAAGAGGCAAAACGUGGGAAAACGAGAGCAGAAACUAUGGGACCUAUGGGUUGGAUGAAGUGUCCUCUCGCUGGUACAAAUAAGAGAUUUCUGAUUAACACAAUCAAGAACACGCUGCCGUCCCAUAAAGAGCAAGACCCUGAGCAAAAAGAGGGCAGCAAGGAACCCUCGAAAAGCCAGAGCCAGAAAGAAGAGAACCGGAAGCAGCACAGAGGCCACCCCUACAAGCCCAGCUUCCAGGCCCGGGGCGCGGGCAGCCACUCCCCGCACAGGAAGCGCAGCGGCCAGGAGAAGUAUGAGAAGCGCUCCACCAAGCGAUGAGGCGGCCGCCGCCCCCAGCGCUGUCUCCUCUGGGACUGGGGGGUACUGGGGGGAUGGGGAGGUGUGGGCGAGGCUUUGAGGACAGGCCUUGAGCAAGCACCCAGGAGUGACUUUCAUAGUCGGUCCUUGGCUGCGGUGACAAGGAAAUGAGUCCAAAGGGACUUGCUCGGAAGGUGUGGGAGCAAGUUUCAGCUCCAUCAUUCCCUCUUGUUUGGAAGUUGGUUUCAAAAUAAAUCUAAGACUAAAAGUUUUCAGACAUCGUUACGACUAGUUCCGACUUUUUUUUUUUU